GCGGCAGCGGCGCAGUCUUCUCCUUGUGAACUGGCUCGUUGCGUAUUAACAAGCGGACAGGCGUGACGCGGAGUGCUCCGUCCCGAAAUCGAACCAGCGACCCUCAGGUUCGGCGUCCUCUGGCGGAGUUCAUCAGCCUAUAAGUUCACAGGUGACCCAUUGGGUGAGGCCGCAGUCACUUCGUCCUCAACAGUCACGUGGAAGACCAGCAAUGAGCGAUCGCUACAGCUUCAUCCCUGCGACGCGGGAGCAGAUGGAGACCAUCAGGAAGAGUCUGGGGACAGACGAAGAGGACAUCAAGAGGACCAUAGCGUCUGUUCGAGACUGGCUCAGGAUGCAGCCGCAUCUGCCCGACCAGAUGGAAGAUGCAUUCAUCGAAAGGAUGUACAUAAACUGCAAGUGUAGCAUAGAGAGGGUUAAGAAAGGCGUGGACAACUUCUUCUCUAUGAGGACCAGGUAUCCAGAGAUGACGAUGAACCGUGACCCUAUGGGACCCGACGUUGUGACCAUUAUGGAGCACCUGAAGCUGGUGACGAUGCCUCGCCUCACGGAGGACCUGUACCGCGUGCACAUCAUCGCGGACCCCGACCCAGACCCUGCGUGGGUCUCGUGGAUAAAAUACGGAAAACUCGGCUCCAUAGACCUCGACCUGAUGUUAUUUAAUGACUACUCCCUUGGAGACAUCAUUAUCCUCGACCUGAAGAGCGUACAUGCCGGACACGUCGUCCGCUCUGAUAUCAACGUCAUACGUGCUAUGGAAUUUGGUUACAAGAGUGCCUAUUGCCGGAGGUUGAAAGGAUUCCAUUUGGUAAAUGCGAACAAAAUAACUGAUUUCGUACUGAAAAUUAUGAAGACAGCUUUCUCAGAAAAGUUGGAGAAGAGGAUACACGUUCAUCCCCCAGGAACGACGACGCUGUUUGACCACGUGGCAAAGGAAUACCUGCCGGAUGAACUAGGAGGCACAGCCGGUCCUAUCGACAAAUAUGCCUAUGAAUUCAUCAGGAGGGCGGAGAAGAAGAGAGACUGGUUCUUGGAGCAGGACCGCUACACCUCUGACGAGAGUAAGAGGCCGCCAGACAGCCACUACGCCGACGACUUGUUCGGAGUGGUGGGCUCCUUCAAGAAGCUCUCAGUGGACUGAUGCCGUCACAGUUCAUUUUGUACAUUUUGUUACUUGUGGACAGUAAACUGUGAUACACGGGGUGAACCGGAAUCCACCAAGAAAAUUGCAGAGUUUACUUUGUCAUAAUUCUUGAUUGUUUUGGUACAGCGGACACAUGGUCCCCGGUGAUGCGUUACUGAGUACUAACAUUCAAUUUGAUGUUUUCCUGCUGUUGGGACCUUCAGUCUGACGACUGCUUUGAUACAGCACUCCCUCUAGUCUGUCCUGUGCAACCUCUUCAUCUCACCAUACGUACAGCAAAUUACGUCCAUCUGUACUUGCUUACACUAUUGUCAAGUAUUGGUCCCUCCCUUCCUUUAGUGGAGCUGUGACCUUUCAUCAAUCAUUCAACACACCCACGAAAAAUAUAGCAUUCUUCUGUAAAUAUCUAA